AUAAUUUUCAGAACUUGAAUAUUCAAAUGUUUCAUAAAAACAUUUGUUUUUGUAAUGUGGAGAUAAUUUAAUAUACAGUCACUGAGUAUUGAAAAAGGACAAAUCUCACAAACCUAGUAACUUAGAAAGCAGGGAUCGGUAAUAUUAAAGGAUGUUUCUAGUAGCCAGGGGCAACUUAGGAUUUUGUCUAUAAACUCAAUACAUAUUUUAAAGCAAAUGUAAUGCCUGUGAAAAUAAAGAGAUAUCAUAUGUACAUAUGACACCAGUUGUUAAUAAUAGCUAACUAUGGACCAGGCAUCUUGGUAAGGAGCGUACAUGUAUUAGCUCAUUUAUUCUUACACAAACCAAUGAAAGGGCAUAUCCUUAUAUCAUAGAUGAGGAUGCUGAAGCCUAGGUUAAAUAACCCCCCUCACCUCAGCUUAAUCUAAGAAGUAGCAGAACUGGGAUCCAAGGAAAAGCACUCUAUUUCUGGAGUCUCCGCUCUUAAUCCUAAGGCAGUCCUGCUUUGUUUAUAUGAUUCUGUGUAAAACAUUUCAUAAUAUUUGAAUUCAUGAUAUCAGUUUACUCCUGUGUCAUCCAGUAUUGUUUGACCCGUGUGUGUUUGUAAGUGUGAACUUUGACAGUGAUACUGUAAACGGAUAAUUACACUCAGAAGUCCAUUCUGAAAAGCCCUUCCGUGUUGCCCUUUAUGACCUGGAGGAAACAGUCCCCUUUUCACACAUCCACAUAAUCGGGGUGCUCACUGUAUACCCCCAUGGGGUCCCUUCUUCCACAUCCCCACUUGCCUGUCCUCAUAGCUGAAGAAGUGUGGUUGUUUGACCCCUGUUUUCACAUCAGGUGUGUAACAACCCAACACCAAAAACAAACAUUUAAAGGUCGAUAAAAAUACAAGCUACUAAAAUAAGUCAGUGACUGUAGAUAAUGGUUAGCUAUGUGGCACGUGUGAUACGGGCAGCAUAUCCUUAUGUGUGUGUGUCUUCUUUGCUGAUUGUGUCACAGAAGAAGCAGAAGAUGCAGGUGAAAAGUUCUGAUGGUUUCCAAAGAGUGGCUUUACUAGAAUCCAAAGUGAUAGGGUCGGAAGCGACAAUAGAGGUCAUGUAAAGUAUCCCAGUGUCCUAACUUUACAAAUGAGAAAACUGAAGUCUAGUGAAGUGAAGUGACUUGUCUAAAACUGUAAGCAGUAAAGCUUGAUUUAGAGCUGGAACCUUUCAUCUUCACGUUUAGUGUUCUUUUCUCUAUUUCUGGGAAAGCUGUGUCACCAAGUGGAACAGGAACAUGGUGGCCCUGACUCCAGGGGAAUGAGUUUGGCCGUUAUUUUAUCAUCUCCAAAUGCCCUGCCUAUUACGUGCAAGGUGGAAGAUGCCCUUUGUCCCACUGAUUGGUAGGGGACGUGUCCACACUCGAGUAAGGCAGGGUCACUAACGCCUAACGUGUCAGCCAUGUGGGUAAUUUCCCUAGAGGUUGGGUAUCCAUUGUCCAAAGAAAAUGCCCCAGUUAGUGAACAAGUAGUUUAUUCAUAAAGUGAGCAAUACUUGCUGAGCCUAUAGCAGGUUCUCAAUAAAUACGUGUUUUAUUGAUUAAUGGAAGGUUUCCAAGUUGGAUUUAUUGCUACUGCUUUGGGAGCAUUUCCAGGUAGUAAAAUUUGGUUCGCAUUUAGAAAAGUAUUAGUCCCUUUUAAUGCUCUUGUGGAUGUGUUGCCCCUCAUUGAUUUUAAUGUCCAACUAAUCUAGGAGGACUGACCCUAGCCUCUGAAGAGGAUAGCUAGUUUUAAAAUGUUUUCCUGUACUGAUUUUAAAGUUGUUUCAUCUUUGUAGGUUUGGAAGAUGACACACAACAGAAUUGCCUUUUCCUCUGGCGGCAGACUAGCGGGUGUAUGAUGCAAGUUUGAUGUUUGUGUCUGCUUUCUCAAGGUCAAGAAAUUAUCUCCUUAGAAGGCAACAGUACUAUGCAUGUUAUGAAUUGUGUCUCCUUGGUCGGUGAUAAAGAAAAUGGGAAUAUCGCCACGGCAGCUGGAUUCAUGAUCGGGCAAACACCACCGCCGCCUCCUCCUCCUCCACCGCCUCCACCUCCACCAUGUCCAUCUUCAGGGGAAGGGUUUCCUCCCUCUCCUCCUCCUCCCCCACCACCUCCACUACCUGGAGGGCCUCCGGCCCCGCCUCCCCCUCCAGGCCUACCCCCAACUUCUCACAUGAAUGGCUAUAGCCACCUUGGUAAGAAAAAGCGGAUGAGAAGCUUUUUUUGGAAAACCAUCCCAGAGGAGCAAGUUCGUGGCAAAACCAACAUCUGGACUUUGGCAGCCAGGCAGAAGCAUCACUACCAAAUUGAUACAAAGACCAUCGAAGAGCUCUUUGGGCAGCAAGAAGAUACCACCAAGUCUUCCCCUUCUAGGAGAGGAGGAACUUUAAAUUCAUCCUUCAGGGAUGCUAGAGAAGAGAUUACUAUCUUGGAUGCAAAACGGAGCAUGAACAUUGGGAUAUUUCUUAAGCAAUUUAAGAAGUCUCCUCAGUCCAUUGUAGAAGAUAUUCAUCAAGGAAAGAGUGAGCAUUAUGGAUCAGAGACAUUGCGAGAAUUUCUGAAGCUUUUGCCAGAGUCAGAGGAGAUAAAGAAAUUAAAAACAUUUAGUGGAGAUGUGUCCAAGCUGUCCCUGGCAGACUCCUUUCUGCACUACUUAAUUCAGGUGCCAAACUAUUCACUUCGGAUUGAAGCGAUGGUGCUAAAGAAGGAAUUUUUGCCUUCUUGUUCUUCUCUAUACACAGAUAUAACUAUUCUAAGAACUGCUACAAAAGAGCUGAUGUUGUGUGAGGAGCUGCAUUCGAUAUUACACUUAGUGCUGCAGGCGGGGAAUAUCAUGAAUGCAGGAGGGUAUGCUGGCAAUGCAGUAGGAUUUAAACUGUCUUCUUUGCUCAAAUUGGCAGACACAAAAGCAAACAAACCUGGGAUGAAUCUUCUGCACUUUGUUGCACAGGAAGCACAAAAGAAAGAUGCCAUUCUUCUAAACUUUUCUGAAAAAUUGCAUCAUGUUCAGGAGGCUGCUAGAUUAUCUCUGGAUAGUACGGAGGCAGAACUACACUCGCUCUUUGUCAGGACAAGAUCUCUAAAGGAAAACAUCCAGCGGGAUGGUGAACUUUGUCAGCAGAUGGAAGAUUUCCUUCAGUUUGCCGUGGAAAAGCUGACGGAACUGGAGCGCUGGAAGCAAGAGCUCCAGGACGAGGCCCACACCCUGAUAGAUUUUUUCUGCGAAGACAAAGAAACCAUGAAACUGGACGAAUGCCUUCAGAUAUUUAGAGACUUUUGUAUCAAGUUCAACAAAGCGGUUAAGGACAACCAUGACCGGGAGGUGCAGGAGCUGAGGCAGCUGCAGCGGCUCAAGGAGCUGGAGCAGAAGCGUCGUUCCUGGACGGCUGGGGAGCUUGGGGGAUUCGGCCGGAGCAGCAGUGAGAAUGACGUGGAGCAGCUGACCAAGAAGGGUGCAGAGGACCUGCCCUCUUUCCUGCACCCCAGGCCCAUCAGCCCCUCCUACCGACCCCCCAACACCCGCCGUUCUCGCCUCUCCCUGGGCAUCUCCGCUGACCGGGAGCUGCUGACCUUCCUGGAGAGCUCCACUGGCAGCUCAGAGGAGCCCAACAAGUUUAACAGCUUGCCCCGGAGCAGCCCCCGGCAGGCCUGGCCCACCGUAGUCUGGAUGGAUCCUGGAGAGCCAAGGGGCCAGGACUCCAGCCGCACAUGUAGACCUGAGGCCUCAGAGAGCCAGGAGGAAGCCCCUGACCCAUCCUUAGCUUGGCAGAGCCAGCUCCCAGUCCCUCGGCCUGGGGAGGCUGCAUCCGCCUUCCCCCAAGCUCGGCGUGGCGGCGUCAGCAUCCUUCGAAAGAGGAACAGCGAACCUGUGGGCCUGGGUCCCGGCCGGUCCCCUCCACUCUCGCCACUGGCUCUGGGGAUUAAGGAGCAUGAGCUGGUGACAGGGCUGGCCCAGUUCGAUCUCCAGGGUUCCAAGGGCCCAGAGAUACCCCGGCUGAUCGUGAAUGACUUCACCCCAGUAGUGUCUUUGGAGGAUGGGAGCCUGCAUCCCCUUGGCACCAGCAACGGCAGCCUAACACGUGUGGGCAGAGGUGCCCCGCGGGGCCUCAGUCCAGCCCUGGGGGAUGGCAGUGCUGCCCCUGAUGAACCCAGCAGCCCGGCUCUGGUAUCUGUGGGCAGCAGUGACCCUGAGAACAAAGAUCCGGGGCCUCUGGUCUACAUCUCGGACACCACCGACUGUUCUCUGACCCUGGACUGCUCAGAGGGAACCGACUCCAGACCUGGAGCGGGGGAGCCGGGGGAGAGGGGUGAAGGGGAUGGCUCCGUGUCCUCUGGGGCUGGGGAGACGGGUGGCAGCCAGGUCUCCUCUAACCCUGCUUCCAGCCCCCCUGGGGAAGCCCCUGCCCCCGUCUCCACGAAGAGCGGGCCCAGCUGUAAGGGUGGCCUUCCCAGGGACAGACCCGCGAAAGGGAAGGAUGUGGUGGCACCAAAGAGAAACUUCCUCAAAGAGGUGUCCCAGGUGGCCUCCAAGCCGGGGAGUGGCCGACGGGGCCAGGGGGCGGCACCCAAGCCCGUGCGGACCUUGACCUCCUCGGAGAGCGAGGGCAUGCGCAAGGUCGUGCCCAUCUCCAGGGCCAGCAGGGCCUCCGCGGGCUGGAAGCGGCCCCCUCGGGAGACCCCCGGCAGCACAGAUGCGCCGUGGUCGCGCCGGAGCGCUGUGCGGGGGAGCUCAGAUGCGUCGCCUAGGAGGCCCUCGACAGGGCCGGUGGCGGUGGCUGAGGAGCAGAGGCUGCGCCGAGCCAGCGGCAGCUCCAGCAGCACCCGUCCCGGGAAGGAACCCUCCCUGCAGCCCCGGGGCUCCGUCAGGAAGCCCAGCGCCAAGCCCCUCAGAAACGUCACCAGACAGAAACCUGAGGACAAUAAGAUCUGCUGCUCCAACUCCCAGGGCCCCGAGAGCCCCCAAGAAGACCCCAAGCCCCCGCCAGUCCCCAGUGUCCCCCGUGUCCCACUCCCCAUCCCGAGUUUCGCCCGAAACACGGUGGCCUCCUCAUCUCGCUCCAUGAAAACAGAUUCCCCUCCUGUGGCCAAAGUCCCUGGCAUCACGCGGACAGUCUCGCAGCGGCAGCUGAGGGUGAAGGGUGGCCCUGAGGACGCCGCCCCCAACAACAGCGGCACCCUGCGGCGAACCAGCAGCGCCCGGGGCCCCAAAAAGGGUCUGGAGUCUGCUGAGGGUCCCAGUGCCAAGACAGAGACCCCUCUGAAGGGCAGAGGAUCUGGGGAAAGGGCCUCGAUCCGACUGAAAGGCCCAAAUCAGACCACACUGGGGAACAUGUUUCAUCCCUUACGGAAGUGAUGGGUGCCUGUGCUUUGUCACCUGCUGGGGUUCAAAUGGAGAGGACAGACUUCUGUGAAAGGCCAACACCGAAUGUCUUUGUUCCACAUAAAGCGAUCCACUGGUGCCGCCUGCCGACGCUCGUGUCACUGAAUGCACAGUCCGGGAUGCCUGUGGACUGCCGCCUGCUGCGCUGACUCCUGCUGUAAAAUCCCGAGUCAGGACGUGGGUUCACCAGUGAUGGGCCAGCACCUCCCGCACGCCGCACCCCAGAGGUGUGUGCCCUCGAACCCUCUCCCCCAAAUCAAAGACCCUGUGAAGACCCCGACGUGUAAGAUGUCAUUCUUAUAUAACGAGUCAAAAAAGAAUUUUGGCCAGUUUUAUAUAUCAAAGACUUAUUUUUUAUUAUAAAUAUUAAAUGUUGUUUUAGUUGGUUCUUUUUGGAGAGUGAAAUCCCUCCCAGGGGAAAAAAGAAGAAAAACCCCUUAAUAUGAAGAUACUUUUAUCUUCUUGUGUUCUCUGGCCUCAGGGGUCCACCUGCCCACACUGUCCAUUGCAGGCAACUGGACUUCUCUGUCAGCCCUUGGUGUUCUGUGGUAGGCACCAUCUCCUUGAAGAUUUUCUGCCUAUGGUUGGCACCAUCUCCUUGAAGACUUUUGGCCUUGCUCGUCUCUCCCUGCGUAACUUUGGGUGUGGGUUUGCGUGUGAGCAGGAGGGAAAAUGAGGCUGGUGGACAGAAAUCAGAUGCUCCCAUGUAUUCAGGGCAGGCACCAUGGGAAUGGGGUGUGUGCCUCUGGGGCCUGCGUGGCUGCAGGGCAAGCCUCCUCUGCAGAUGGAUGGCAGCCCCUGGGAGAGUACUGGAUCUUCCAGAAUUUAGAAGUGCCAUAUUAUAAUGGAAAGGCGUCAGGGGCUGUUCAGCUGAGCGCAUAUUUCCCGUUCUGUGUGUUCUCAUUCGUGUACCUGUUGUAAAACUGAGUGAAGGCUGCUAUGACUUGAGUUCGCUCUAGUUACAGGGAAGAAUAAACCCUUCCGUCUCCCAUCUUUCUUCCUUAUCUUUUUGCUCCCAGCCCUUCCGUCUUUGCAAUUGUGACCUGGAGCCUGGAGCAUCUCUCACACUCUGUCUCUCUCUCUCUCUCUCUCUCUCUCUCUCUCUCUCUCUCUCUGUCUCUCUCUUUCUCUCUGUGAUGAUACUUUUUAAUGUUGAUGUCUGUUCUUUGAUGCAGUGGUUUUUAAAUCCUGAGAAAAACCAAAUCAAGUCUUUAAAAACAGACCAAAAAAAUGAACUUGCUUUCAGAAGAACUUAUAUCAUCAGGCAAAAUUAAAAAAAAAAAAAAAUCAGGCUUCAUUCAAAAGAAAGGGGAAAACAUCCUUUUUCUACACAGUAUCCAUUCACUGCUUUCCUCUGAGAUUAAUUGAGAAAUGGGGGAAUUCUUGAAACUUUAUCGUUUUUUAAAAAUUGCCCUCCACUUUUUUUCACUUUUGGUCACUUAUUAGUGAAACCUCGUUUUGGAUCCAACGGUGAUCGGUGGAUUUAGGCAAAUACAAUGUAUUUGUGAUGAAUCCAUGUGGUUAAUGUUACAGUCUCCCUCCUGUAAAAUGUUGCUUUCCAUCCAAAUUAAUUGGAAACUCUGAGCUUCCAUAAGUCAGCCAAAUUGAAAAGGUAAACUUUAUGGUUGAAGAAGUGAGGCAGCAGACCACAAAACCUCUUGUAAAAAUAGCUCUGAGUAGAUGUUUCCAGGGCUCCACAAAGCUGGAUACGGGAAUGCUGAGCUGUUUUUCACCAUCUAAAAAAGGCUAAGAAAUCAUAUUUAAUCAUGCAUCCAACAACAUUCAAAACAUAGGGCCCAUGGGAGAUGGAUGAAAGAGGUCAAAAGUUUUUGGAUUUGUGGAUAGUGAUGGAGUCGGGACCCCUACGCAGGACCUGGAAAACAGGAUCUGAGUCCCUGCUCUAUCACCAAUGCCAUGUGACUUUGACAAAUCACUCCCUCCCCCUAAACUUCUGUUUCUCAGUCUGCAGAAGUGGGGACAUGGCCUCAAUGAUGGUCUCCAAGGGUCCUUCUAGCUCUAAGAGUCCAAAUCAUCAUAAACAACCAAUGACCCAUUUGCCUGGGGUCAGCUUCUCUGAACCAACCCUCAGCGUCCCUAUAGCACAGGCCUCAUGUAAAGGCCUGCUCAGAAGAAGGCACCUUCAGAAUGGGUUGCUGCUUUGAAAUCCUGAGAAGUGGUGUGUUACUUAGCCCUGUGGAAAACAUCUGUGUAUACAUCUGUGCGAGCAGGUGAUCAUUCUAUUACCUUUUAUUGGUAGUAAGCUUGGAAAAAUAAUUUAAGUAUAUAAUGGAGAAAUGUACAUACGUUUCUAUAUAAAUUUGUUUAAGAUGAACUGAAUGUAUUUAAAGGUCCAUUUAUAUGUUCUUUUACCUAACAUGUAGUUUAAUAAAGUUCCUGUUUAUGGGA